UGGUGAAUGAAAAAGAGAAAGCUAGAAAGAAGAAGGCUCAACCAACAAAGAUGAAAACUGUUAGAAGGUCCCACCGGUUACAAGCUGUGGUGAGGAAAUCAAAUAACUUGGGCAAGCCAAGCCUAGUUGUUAUUUCUGAUGAUGAGGACUUGCAUGGUGAAGUCACUCUUCAUUCUCAGUUUCCAAUUGAUGAAAAUGUUCCUGAAAAUGGGAUUGCUCCUGAUGUUACAGUGUCUGAAUCUUUGCAGGUUGCUGAAAAUGUGCCUGAAAAUUUGAGUGCUCCAAUGGCUCCAGCUGUUGAUGAAAUUGUGCCUGAAGUCCAGGUUGUUCCUGAAAAUGUGCCUGAAGUCCAGGUUGUUCCUGAAAACUUGGUUGAAUCCGACAAUAAUAUUCCAAAAGUUAUUGAUGGAGAUGAUGAUCAGAGUGAUGUGUCUAAUCAAGGCAUUAGACUUGAGGAUAGUGAAGAAGAAAGAGACCUUCAACAAGAAGAUGAAUUAACGAACCCAGCUUUUGCAGAGGCAGAGGAUUUGUUGAAUAAGCAUAUCACACAAAUGCUUAAUGGUAGGUCUGCUGAUGGUAUGGGGAUGGCUUUUGGGGAUGACCCUGACUUUGAUGGAGGGUAUGAGAGUGAAGAUUUGGAAAGUGUGGCAACUGAUUCUGAGAUGGAAGAUGUUCCUAGGAGAAGAUACCCAAAGUUUGUGGAGGAGCGUUUGGGCCCAGAUUUCAAAUUCAUUCUUGGAAUGGACUUUGCAUCCCUUGAUCAGUUCAAGGAAGCUCUAACUGAUGUUUGUGUAACGAAUGACAGAGAAUACAAAUUCCUGAAAAAUGAUAGCAUUAGGUGCAGGGUGGCGUGUAGAAGUGAUGAUUGUCCAUGGCUCAUUCUGUGUAGCAAGGUUGGUAACAAGAAAUCUUACAGAAUCAAAACUCUAGUUGAUAACCACACAUGUGCUAGAGUGUUUGAUAAUAAGUCUGCAAAUAUAAAGUGGGUGAAGAAGAAGCUGUUGAAUACAGUCAGGACAGUCAACAAAAUCAGCACCAAUGAAAUUGUAGAUGACUUCAGAGUUAACCUUGGGACUGGUAUAACCAGAUACAGAGCAUGGAAAGGCAAACAGUUGGCAACUGAAGAGGUUGAAGGUGCUGUUGAAUUACAGUAUACCCUCUUGUGGAGAUUUAGUAAUGAAUUGAGAGCAAGGUCAGCAGGAAACACAUGCAAGAUGAGCUUUGAAUCACCCAGAACCACAUUGUUUCCUAGAUUCAGCAGAUAUUAUAUGUGCUUGGAUGGCUGUAAAAGAGGGUUUCUAGCUGGAUGCAGGCCAUUCAUAGGCUUGGAUGGAUGCCAUCUCAAGACUAAACAUGGAGGGAUACUGUUGGCAGCAGUUGGUAGAGAUGCAAACGAGCAGUAUUUCCCUCUAGCCUUUGCUGUUGUUGAAUCUGAAACCAAAGAUAGUUGGAGAUGGUUUAUGGAGCUUUUGAUGGAUGACAUAGACCCCACAAGAUCAAGCAGAUGGGUAUUUAUCUCCAAUCAACAAAAGGUAAUUGUGAUCUUAUUGUCAUAAGUAAACUCAUUUUUGUCAUUAACUCUACCUAUCCUAAUGUAAUUAAAAUGAUUACAGGGAUUGAUGGAGGUCUUCAAAGAAGAUAUGCUGCAAGGUGUUGAACAUAGACUAUGUGUAAGGCAUCUUUAUGCAAACAUGAAAACUAAAUUUGGAGGUGGUGUGCUUCUAAGGGACCUAAUGAUGGCUGCUGCCAAGGCUACAUAUGAAGCAGCUUGGAAAGAAAAAAUGCAACUAAUAAAGGAGCAUAACGAAGUUGCUUUCCACUGGUUGAUGGAGAAGCCAACUUCAAGCUGGUGCAGACAUGCUUUUAGUUGGUUCUCUAGAUGUGAUGUGGUUAUGAACAACCUAUCAGAAGCCUUCAAUUCUGCAAUUAUAUUGGCCAGAGACAAACCUAUCCUAACCAUGAUGGAGUGGAUUAGGACCUAUGUCAUGGGAAGGUUCCCAGCAAUGAUGGAGAAGCUGAACAAGCAUCCUGGACAAAUCAUGCCUAGGUCAUUGAAGAGGAUAUCACAUGAGGUUGACCACAGUAAGAACUGGGUCACUAGGGCUGUUGGUGUUCUAAUGUUUGAGGUUCGCCAUCUAAUCACUUUGGAGAGACAUGUUAUCAACUUGAGGGAUAGGACUUGUUGCUGUAAUUUCUGGCAGUUGAAUGGCUUUCCAUGCAGACAUGCAGUGGCUGCAAUUUCUUUUCAUGGCCAUGAUCCAAAGGCCUAUGUACAUGAGUGCUACCAGAGGGCUGCUUAUAGAGCAACAUAUGAGAAUUUUGUCACACCAUUACCUGGACCUAACCAGUGGAUUGUUACUCCACAUGAUCCUGUAUGCAUUAUGCCACCAUUGUAUAAGAGAAGAGCUGGUAGGCCCAAGAAAUUGAGGAGAAGAGACCCAUGUGAUGAUCUUAAUCCAAGUAAAUUAAAGAGAGGGGGUGCAGCUUGGAAGUGCAGCAGGUGCAAGCAAUACGGGCACAAUAAGAAGACCUGUAAGAACCCUAUUCAGGAAGACCAACCUGCUGGGAAUGAUGGAGCUGAGGAUGGACAGAAUGAUGGACCUGCUGAGAAUCAAAAGAAAACAAAGAAAAAGGGUUUUAAGAAAUGCAGUAGAUGCAAGCAGUAUGGGCACUAUAAAAACAAAUGUAAGAACAACCCUGAAAUCAUCCCCAUAUUUCAAGCUCCUGCUCCUUCUCUUCCUGGUAUUGUUAUCAGGGAGCCAAGCAAUAAUCUCACUGCACCUGCCCCAGUACCUCUUACUUCUGGAAAAGGGGUAUUAUUCGAUCUCAUAUCUAUUUGGAUCUAUUUUCAUCUUAAUUUCCUAGAAUCUUGUAUGAAAAAGCCUACCUUUAAUUCCAAAAGGAAAAAGUCCAUGAUGCUCCAAGAUCUGAGGUUCAAAAUUGGAGUCAAGGAUAUACUGUGACAAGGAAUCAUGGAGCUGCAAGCACUUCUGCUUCUAUCCUCCAAGUUGGGACUGCAUCUGGGACUUCCAGGACAGUAGAUGGGGCUGCAGCUGUUACAGGAAAUGAUUUUCCCAUGGCUUCAGGAGAUCAACAAGUUGUUGAAGACACUUUACCAACACAGUGCAGCGUUGUCUUGGACAAA